GAGAAGCACGAUUACUUUUCGUAUCAAAAUAUUGUUGAGCGAUAAAACCAGAAUUUUGUGUUUUGUCUAUAUUUUUUAAGAAUUCGAUUACUUUUGCCCAACUAAACUAUCAAACAAUUCUCCCUAAAGAAGAAUGCAACAUCAAAACUCUGGAACAUUUAAGCUAAUUGUCAACACUGACGACUACGCGUCCGACUUUAGUUAUGAAAGUGAACUUGAAAAUCGUAGAAUUAAAGUCACAGACCUAGCCUCAAAGCCACGUAAAAGCCGAGAAAAGUUACCAUCGAAACAGAAUGUUGUUACAGAAUAUGAAAAAGAAGAAUUGAGGACACAUCGCCUUCAUUUUCUGAGUUUAGAUGCUUAUUCCAGACAUAAAAAGAUGAUUAAUGACUAUCUACAGUACUACGGAGGUCGAAGAUCAGAUUUCAAACGAGAUAGCUCUAAAGAUAAAACGGACUUGGAUGUCAUACGUGAAAAUCAUCGUUUUCUAUGGGAAGAAUCAGAAGACGAAAUCGACAGUUGGGAGAAGAAAUUAGCUAAAAAAUAUUGGGAUAAACUCUACAAAGAAUACUGUAUUGCCGAUCUUAGUAGAUAUAAAGAAAACAAAAUAGGUAUGAGAUGGCGUACUGAAAAGGAGGUUGUGAUUGGAAAAGGGCAAUUCAUUUGCGGUAAUAAAAGAUGUGAAAUUCAUAAACAAUUAACAUCUUGGGAAGUCAAUUUCGGUUAUGUUGAAGAAAAUCAGGAAAAGAAUGCUCUCGUUAAAUUACGUCUCUGUCCAUCCUGUUCUGACAAACUGAAUUAUCAUCAUAAGAGGAGGAAGGCUAAAGCCAAAAAACGAAAGCAUUCCGAUUCUUCCGAAGAAGAUGAUGAAAAAGUUGAAAGGAAAAGAAAUAAAGAUGAGGAAAUUAACAGCAAAGAUAUUAAAGGGGAGAACGCAGAAGAAAGUGAUGAAUCAAAAGUGUCAUCUAAUAAAGAUGCUGCGUCAAUUUGGUCUGGCCCUGCUCCAGUUGUCGAAGAAAAAUCAAGAGAUGAUGAAUUUAAUGAUUAUUUCGAUGAAAUGUUUGAAUAA